CUGUAUAUAGAUAUAUAUAGGUGAUAUAUAUCGGAGUGGUGCAUGGUGAUAUGGAUCCCGAUUUUGUGAAUAAAUACAAUCAAGUGCUGAGCCGCUUAAAGCUCAUCGAGAACUUCGAUGGCAGCGAUCCGGGCAAAUUGCCGCAGUUCCUGCAAAAGAUCGAGGCACUGAUGCCGGCGAUCAACGCCUUCGACGAUUACUACAAGGCGCAGCUGUUAGUCCACAUCAAGAACAAGUGCACGGACCGGGCGAGAGAUGCGGUCUUCACUCGCCAGCUGAGCGCGCCGGCGGGCAGCGAGAACGGGACAGUCAAGGCGGAGUCCUGGCACCGGCUGAAGGAGCAGCUGCUGCACAGCUUUGCCGAGCGCGAGUCCAGCUACUCGCUGAUCCACAAGAUACGCAGCGCCGUGCUCGACUCGAACAUCGAGCUGUACUACCAGAAGAUGGCCAAGCUCAAGCAGCGCCUGCUCAACCGCAAGCUCACCCAUAACGAUACCCUGUACUCGCUGGAGGACAUCGAGCGUAUAACGCUGCAGGUGUUUCGCGACCAUUUGCCGGAGCCGACGCACUCGAUGAUCCUGCGCCGCAACCCGAAGAGCAUGGAGGAGGCCUACCGCUACAUUGUCGAGGUGCAGCAACAGUUCUACACACAGAGCGGGCCGCUGGGCGGGGAGCUGGGCGCCACCUUCAGCACCAGCCACAAGCAGACGUUUGGCGGAGGUGGCGUGGGCAUCGGUGCGAGCGCCGUGGGCUCUGGGGUGGGCCUGGGCCUGGGCAUCGCCUCGGUCGGACUGACCAGCACCGGGCUCUCCUACAAUCGACAGCUGUCGGAGAAGGGCGUCGCUGGCUCCAGCCAGGGCUACAAUCAGCUGAGCAGCAACAAGAGCUACUACAAUCAAUCGGCGCCCCUGGUCGGGGCCGGCAAGACCAGUCCCAUGUUCAAGAGCAACGGCAAUCCCUCGUUCAAGUCCAGCUUCAGCUACAACGGCAGCAGCAGCAGCAGCAUGGACCCUUGGUCCAGCAGCAAGUCGAAGGAUGCCAAGGGCGGCUAUCAGAAGGGCAAAACCGUGAACGGGAAGGCGAAGAGCGGCAGCGGCUGGCUCAAAUAGAGGGGAGGCCGCGACUCGAAGAUUGGAUUUAGUCAUGGGCCAAUGAGCUAAGCCAAUGGCAUGACCUAAUCUCUUAACCCCCUUCGCUAUAUCUCAUCAUUGUUGUUGUUCUUGUUGUCGUUGUUGUUGUUGUUGUUGUCGCCGAUGUAGUUGCUGUGACUAAGCCCUGGGAGCAAUUGCAAUUGCAUGCCUCAUGCUAAUUACGAACCCCCUCACCCGCCCCCCCUCUCACUCGACUAUCAGCCCAGGUGGAUGCUGCGAUGUCGCUGAUGAUUCUGUUGAUGGCGCACGUUAAUUAUUAGAUCAUAAGUCUCAAAUGUGUAUAUAUAAAGACCCAUAUCUCCCCAUAACGCUGCCCCCUCUCCCCCUACCCAUCUCAAAUGUCGUUGUUUACAAUAAAGUGUAAAGUCUAACACCAAAUGAAUCCGGUCUGUAUGGACAGACAGUUCAAGGUA